CUUCCGCGCACGUGGGGUGGACGGGCUGGAAAAGCCCCGGCGAGCCUUCCGGAAGCCUGCCUUCCCCCCCACCCCAAAGGAGGCGGCGAUCGGGACCGGAGCGAUGGCGGCCCGAUCCUCGGGCGAGCGGCUGUCUCAAGCGGAGGCCACCCUGGGAGCCAGCCUGGAGGCGCUGCUGGCCGGCCGGAGCCACGCCAACCGGGUCUUCGAGGUGCUGGAGCUGCUGCAGGACGAGGAGGAGCAGAUCAUCCUGGCCGCCAUCCGGACGUGCAGCCGGCUUUUCGGGGCUUUGCUGGAGCGGGGCGAAUUGUUCGUGGGGACGCUGCCCGCCGAAGAGGACGCGCUUCAAGAGAGCGCCAGCGUGGAAGAGAAGUAUAAAAUCUGGAUGAGGCAUCGCUACCAAAGCACCGCCCGCUGCCUGUCGGAGAUGAUGAGCCAUAAAUCUUUCCGUGUCAAAGAAUCGGCUUUGUGUACCCUGAUGAAAUUCGUCGCCUUAGAAGCCGAACACCCUCUGGUCAAGAAUGAAUGGCGCUUCAAUUUCCCCCGAGAGCUUUUAAAAUUGGUGGUGGAAGGCUUGCUGCCCACCGAAGAGAAUUCGUCCCUGCUCAUCUCUCGCUUCCAAGAAUAUUUGGACCAUGACGACGUCCGCUUCUUCGUGAUGAAGGCGGUGGCCGAGAACGUCGGCAGCGUGAUGCAGAAAGCCAAACGGGCACCGUUCCCUGUUUAUCAAAAGAACGUCUUCGCUCUCGCCGCCUCCAUCAGCAUGCCAAGCAAAGAGAGCGAAAUAAACAACUUCCUUGUGAAACACGAUAACCAGGAGGAAUGGAAAGUUUCCAAGCUGAAGGAACACCGGCUGGCCUUUGAGAGAAUGUGGCUCAGGUUUCUGAAGCACAAGUUACCUGUCAGCCUCUACAAAAAGGUGCUGGUGAUCCUGCACGACUCCAUUCUGCCUCAUAUGAACGAGCCCGUUCUCAUGAUCGACUUCCUGACAGUCGCCUACGAUGUAGGAGGUGCCAUCAGUCUCUUAAGCUUGAAUGGAUUGUUCGUUCUGAUCCUCCAUCAUAAUCUGGAAUAUCCAGAUUUUUACAAGAAGCUCUACAGCCUUUUGGACCCAUCCAUCUUCCACGUGAAAUACCGCGCCAGGUUUUUCCGCCUGCUGGAUCUCUUCCUGUCUUCCUCGCAUUUGCCAGCAUACACGGUGGCGGCCUUUGCCAAGCGGCUGGCGAGGCUGGCGCUGGCCGCGCCUCCCGACGGCUUGCUAAUCACCAUUCCGUUCAUCUGCAAUCUCCUGCGGAGGCACCCGUCUUGCAAGGUGCUCAUCGACAGACCCGGCGGUCCAGCAGAGAUGCUGGAAGACCCCUACCGGAUGGAGGCCGAAAGCCGAGCAUUUGAGAGCCCUCUUUGGGAGAUCAAAACUCUACAGAGCCAUUAUCACCCAGACGUAGCUAAAGCAGCCACCACGAUUAACACAGCGCUGUCCGUGAUGGAGGAUGAUUUAUCGGAGGUGUUGGAGCUCACUGCUUUUGAUAUAUUUGACAAAGACAUGAAGAAGGAAACCACAGAAGUGCCCUUGGAAUUUCAGCGUGUCCAAGGCUUGUUCGGCAAAAAGCAGGAUAUUUUUGCAGAGUACUUUACGUUAGAGUAAUUCUCGAAACCUUUUUUUUGUUGAAAGAUGUUGUAAUAAAGUGUAUUAUUAUUAUUUUUA